AUGACUACUGUGUUUGAUUUAUGCUGCAAAGGAUCAGGGCCUGUGAGGUACAAUAAUGAUUGCGGCGUCUACUGUCUCGCCCAGAAACAGGAUAUCUAUAGUCUCGGAAAAUGCUUAACCCAGAAGAGCCACAAAAGCAGCGAGAUUUACUGCAAUGCACCAGCAAACGCUACCGCCACAGCCUCUGUGAAUCCUUCGAUUGCUGCCAUUACCUCGACACCUACCUCAAAUCUCACCUCUUCCUUCACUUCAACCCCGACGUACAAUGCUGCCGCCUCAAAUCAGCCUCUCUCAAAGGCUAGUAUUGGUUUUAUCGCUAUGCUUUUCUGCUCUACACUUGCUGGUGUGGUCGUAUGA